AUGGGAACUAUGAAAACCUUCGAUAUCGACAUGUUUCCAUCCGACCUGGAAUUCUCUGUCUUUACUGGUGAUGAAAUAAAGCGGCUGAGUGUUGUUAAGGUCAUAACUGGGCUUACGUUCGAUCCACUGGGUCAUCCAUUGCCAGGAGGGUUGUAUGACAGUUUGAUGGGUACCUUUGGUAAACGCAUGGAACCAUGUGGCACCUGUUUGGAUAUACAAAAAUGUCCCGGUCAUAUGGGCCACAUUGAACUCAAUGCCCUGGUGUAUAAUCCUUUCUUUGUGAAGUUUGUCCAGAAGAUAUGCAAUGUUUCCUGCAUGAACUGCAAUAAGUUGCAAAUCAAGGAUCACACCAUGGAAAUGCUUUCUUUGCAAUUGCGACUAAUCGAAGCAGGUUAUGUUGUAGAAGCCCAAGAACUGGAACUGUAUAAAUCUGAAAUUGUCUAUAAUAGCGAGGAGACUCGUGUAAAAACGGAAUAUGGUGACUAUGUCCAUCCUCGAGUAGCUGAAAUGUAUCAACUUUUGGGAAAAGGUCAUAGCAAUCAGGUGAACAUCACCAAAACCUCUCGGGCAGUACGUGCAGCUAUCAUAAAUGCAGCAUUGCAGCGGCCCAUGUCUAAAAAAUGUCUGCAUUGCCAUCAGAACCUGAAGACUGUACGUUAUAUGCACCACAAACUGGUGUAUUACAUUAGCAUUGCCGAAAUGAAAAGCAAAUUCAGCGACAAAGAAGGUUUAUCGGGUCAACAUAAAGUAAUUUUGGCAGAUGAGUGCAGAAAAUUCUUGCGUCAAGUUUAUGAAAAUCACCCUGAAAUGUUGCGAUUAUUUUUCCCGGUUCUACAAUUGGUUAGCAAAACGAAGGAUAACGAUUUCUGUCCAGUGGAUAUAUUUUUUAUGGAUACCAUACCGGUAACCCCACCCAAAGCACGUCCUUCGAAUAUUUUACACGAUCAAAUUGUUGAACAUCCUCAAACUGGUCUUUACCGCAACAUUCUUGAAAACAAUUCGGUAAUACGUGUUAUCAUGAAACAUAUUAGAGGAGAUUCUGCUGAUAUGUCUGAAGAAGCACAGAAUGUUUUUGUUGGCGCCAAAGGUUCUAAUGCCUACGAAAAGCUUUACAAUGCCUGGCAAGCCUUGCAGACAUCGGUCAAUGUACUACUCGAUGUUAGCAUGUCACGUGAAGCACAGAAUUCAGUCGGUUUGAAACAGGUGUUGGAAAAGAAGGAGGGUUUAAUCCGAAAACACAUGAUGGGUAAACGUGUAAAUUAUGCUGCACGUACUGUCAUUACCCCCGACCCAAACAUUAAUGUUGAGGAAAUCGGGAUACCCGAUAUAUUUGCUCGAAAAUUAUCCUAUCCAGUUCCCGUGACCCCAUGGAAUGUUGCCGAAUUACGUAAAAUGGUUAUGAAUGGCCCUGACGUUCAUCCCGGAGCUAAUUAUAUUCAAGAUGAAAGAGGCUAUACCACAGUUAUACCAGCCAAUAAUGCAGCAAAACGUGAAAGUAUGGCAAAACUUUUAUUCAACUAUCCCGAAAAGGGCAUAAAGAUUGUUCAUCGUCAUGUUCUAAACGGUGAUAUACUGUUGUUGAAUCGUCAGCCGUCACUACAUAGACCAUCAAUUAUGGCCCAUAAAGCUCGUAUAUUACAAGGUGAAAAAACAUUCCGCUUACAUUACUCAAAUUGUAAAGCCUACAAUGCUGAUUUUGACGGUGAUGAAAUGAAUGCUCAUUUGCCACAAAGUGAAGUUGCCAGGUCUGAGGCCUAUAACUUGGUUAAUGUUGCCAGCAAUUAUUUGGUACCUAAAGAUGGUACCCCGUUGGGUGGUCUUAUUCAGGAUCACGUUAUUUCUGGUGUAAAACUUUCGAUUCGGGGUAGAUUUUUCAAUCGUGAAGACUACCAACAGCUGGUGUAUCAGGGAUUGUCGCACAUCAAGACCAACAUACAACUUCUGCCACCGACCAUUAUAAAGCCAAUCAAACUGUGGUCUGGAAAACAGGUUCUUUCAACGAUUAUUAUAAAUUUGAUACCUGAAGGAUUUCCGGCAAUUACGUUAAAUUCUGUGGCAAAAAUUGCAUCAAAGCACUGGAAUGUUAAUAAAAAUCGUUUGGCUUUGGGUGGUGGUGAUCAAUUAGGCGAAAAUGAAAUGUCCGAAAGUCAAGUAAUUAUUCGCAAUGGUGAACUUCUAGCUGGUGUUUUGGAUAAACAACAAUAUGGUGCCACCACAUAUGGUCUCAUCCAUUGCAUGUAUGAGCUUUAUGGUGGUAAUACUUCGACUUGUUUACUGACUGCCUUCACCAAAGUAUUUACGUUUUUCCUACAACGUGAAGGUUUUACAUUGGGCGUUAGAGAUAUUUUGGUAACAGCCGAAGCGGAUGCCGAGCGUCGUAAAAUUAUUCAAGAAAGUCGUGAAAUUGGCAAUGCUGCCUUGGCAUCAGCUCUGGACCUGGAAGAAGUUCCCUCACUGGAUGUACUUUCUGAGAAAAUGGAAGAAGCCUAUAUAAAAGAUCCAAAAUUCCGUGUAAUCUUGGAUCGUAAAUACAAGGCCAUGUUGGAUAACUACACCAAUGAUAUUAACAAAACCUGUUUGCCAAAUGGUUUAAUUACCAAAUUCCCCGAUAAUAAUUUGCAAUUGAUGGUAUUGUCUGGUGCCAAGGGUUCCAUGGUCAACACAAUGCAAAUCUCAUGUUUAUUGGGUCAAAUUGAAUUGGAAGGCAAACGUCCACCACUUAUGAUUUCGGGCAAAUCUUUACCCAGCUUCACUGCCUUUGAAACAUCGCCAAAAUCUGGUGGUUACAUUGAUGGACGUUUCUUAACCGGCAUUCAACCUCAAGAUUUCUUUUUCCAUUGUAUGGCUGGUCGUGAAGGUCUUAUUGAUACUGCUGUGAAAACCUCACGUUCCGGCUAUCUGCAACGUUGUCUAAUUAAACAUUUGGAAGGUUUAUCAGUGAACUAUGAUUUAACGGUUCGUGAUAGUGACAAUUGUGUGGUACAAUAUCUUUAUGGCGAAGACGGUUUGGAUAUUUUGAAAUCGAAAUUCUUCAAUACCAAAUUCUGCACAGAAUUCCUUACGGAAAAUUCUGCUGUAGUAGUGCGACCACAAGAACUGGCCACCAUCAAGGUAGAAGAGGAGGUCAACAAAGUCCAACGCCACAAUAAGAAAAUCCGUUCAUGGCUAAAGAAACAUAAUAGCGGAUCACAGAUCGACAGAAGACAUAUUUCCGCAUUUACACAUUUCUCGGCCGAACUUCGCAAUGAAAUUGAAGUAAACAAACCCAACAAAUUGAAUUCCAAAACUGGCAGAAGGCGGAUAGAUGAAGCCAUAAUUAAACUGUGGCGAAAGGCCGAUGAUGAGAGCAAGGCUCAGUAUGAAAAGAAAUAUCCUCGUUGUCCGGAUCCAACAAAUUCUGUCUAUCGUCAGGACUCCACCUACAGCUCGGUUUCGGAAAAAGUCGAACAAAUCAUUGCUGACUAUGUGGCAAAACAUCCCGAGCGAAAGGCUGCCGUCACUGAUGUUAUGUAUGUAAAGAAUGCCAAAGCUUUAGCUGCACCUGGCGAACCUGUCGGUCUACUGGCUGCACAGUCAAUUGGUGAACCUUCUACUCAGAUGACACUCAACACUUUUCACUUUGCUGGUCGUGGUGAAAUGAACGUUACAUUGGGUAUUCCACGUCUGCGUGAAAUUCUCAUGAUGGCCUCGGCGAACAUUAAAACACCCUCAAUGGACAUACCUAUUAAACCCAAUCAGGAAAAGAAUGCCGAAAAAUUACGCCUGACCUUAAACAGAGUGACCUUGGCUGAUGUUUUGCAGUAUGUAAAUGUUAAGACACAAUUGGUUCACAAACCCCAAAGGGCACAAAAGUUUGAGUUGACCUUCCAAUUCCUGCCACGAGAGGCCUACAGCGAUGAUUUCUGUGUAAAACCCAAACAAAUCAUCAAAUACUUGAGCAAAAAAUAUUUUUCACUUUUGUUCCGAGCUAUUAUAAAAUCAAAUACCACCAAAUCUGCAGUUAUUGAAGUUGGUGAAACACAAAAGGAAGAUACAUCUAAUGAUGAUAAAUUAGAUGCUGGAGAAGCUGUGAAUCAAAAACAAAAGGACUCGGCAAACAAUGAUAAUGACUCGUCUGAUGAUGAGCAAGGAGAAGUUGACAAUGACGCGACCGGAGUUAAACUGAAAUCUCGUAAAAUGGACGAAAACGAAUACGAUGAUCCUGAUGAGGCGGAGGAAAUAAAUGAUGCCAACGUUGAUGAUGGCGAUAAUGAUGACGAAGAUGAUACAUUAGAUAACUCUGCUGCCAAAACUAAUGAAAACGCCGAAGAUGACGAGGAGGACGAAAAGCCUGGAAAGUCUGAUAAUAUCACUGAAAAGGUUAUGCUGAACUCCAUGGUUGAGAAUUAUGUGUAUGACAAGAAACAUUAUCUGUGGGCCAAAUUAACAUUCAAUUUGGAUAUGAAAUACAAGCAACCGAAUAUUUCAUCCAUCAUCAAGGAUUUGGCAGAAAAAUCAGUUGUACACCAAGUGGACAAUAUCAAACGUGCCAUCAUAUACAAGGGCAACAACGAUGAACCUACCCUCAAGACCGAUGGUAUCAACAUUGUGGAGAUGUUCAAACACAACACCAUCCUCGAUCUGAAUCGUUUCUAUUCAAACGAUAUACACGCCAUUGCACGUACAUAUGGUAUUGAAGCUGCCGCCCGUGUCAUUGUUCAAGAAGUAACGAACGUGUUCAAAGUAUAUGGUAUUACUGUCGAUCGUCGUCACUUGUCGUUAAUCGCCGACUAUAUGACUUUCGAUGGUACAUUCCAACCGUUAUCCCGCAAAGGCAUGGAACACUCAGCAUCACCUCUGCAACAAAUGUCAUUUGAAUCGUGUUUGCAAUUCUUAAAGAAUGCCGCUGGUAUGGGUUGUGCAGAUGAAUUAAAUUCACCUUCAAGUCGUUUAAUGGUUGGUCUUCCAGUACGGAAUGGUACAGGUGCCUUUGAAUUACUGACUAAAAUAUGUUGAAAAAAA